GCGACGCGUUCUUCAAAUAUCUGAUGGCAUUGAACAUAUUGGCAAAAUCCGCUGGGAAUUGGCUGGGACCCUUUUACUUGUAUGGAUUUUGUGUUACUUCUGUAUUUGGAAGGGAGUCAAAUGGACGGGCAAGGUUGUUUACUUCACUGCUCUAUUUCCAUAUGUUUUGUUGACUAUACUGCUUAUCCGUGGUAUAACACUGCCAGGAGGUUUUGAGGGGAUAAAAUUCUAUGUGAUACCAAACUUUUCCAAACUUACGGAAUCAGAAGUAUGGAUCGAUGCCGUUACCCAAAUGUUCUUUUCCUACGGUCUAGGCCUUGGGACCUUAGUUGCCCUUGGCAGUGAUAACAAAUUUACUAAUAACGUCUAUAAGGAUGCGUUAAUUGUAUGCACAGUUAACUCAAGUACAAGCAUGUUUGCUGGAUUCGUGAUCUUUUCGGUUGUGGGUUUUAUGGCGCACGAACAGCAAAGACCGGUAGCAGAAGUUGCGGCAUCUGGUCCCGGUUUAGCAUUUUUAGUAUAUCCUUCGGCAGUGCUCCAACUACCUGGAUCUCCAUUGUGGUCCUGCUUGUUUUUCUUUAUGCUACUACUUAUUGGCCUUGAUUCGCAAUUCUGCACCAUGGAAGGGUUUAUCACAGCAAUUAUUGAUGAGUGGCCACAACUGCUGCGGAAACGCAAAGAAAUAUUCAUUGCUGUUGUAUGCGCACUAAGUUAUCUUGUUGGCCUUACAUGUAUAUCCCAGGGUGGAAUGUAUAUUUUCCAAAUUUUGGAUUCAUACGCUGUUAGCGGCUUUUGUUUGCUUUGGCUAAUAUUUUUUGAAUGUAUAUCGAUAUCGUGGUUCUAUGGCGUUGACCGUUUUUAUGAUGGUAUAAAAGAUAUGAUCGGCUAUUAUCCAAUGGUUUGGUGGAAGUUCUGUUGGUGUGUUACGACUCCGCUUAUUUGCUUGGGCGUGUUCUUCUUUAACAUAGUUCAAUGGAAACCAAUUAAGUAUUUAGAUUAUAACUAUCCAUGGUGGGCACAUGCUUUUGGUUGGUUCACAGCAUUGUCGUCGAUGCUUUAUAUACCAGCUUAUAUGUUUUGGCUUUGGAAGAAAACACCCGGAGAUACAGGCGAGAAAGUCCGAGCGAUCAUUCGAAUAGAUGAAGAUAUAAAGCAUCUCAGAGAUAAAAUGCAACAACAGACAACUAAAAACGUGGAGCUUUAUACUCUUUAGAGUAAAUUCAUUACAACCUAGGUUAAGAAACAUAUAUCCAUUUUUUUCAUUUUAACUAAAUAGUGAUUCCAGGAAAGCUUUUAGAGAUGCAUUAUAUAAAUACUUGUCCAAAAUUGUCUAGAAUUUUAAGCAUUAGAAAUUUGCCCAAAAGUCUUAAAAUGUAACUUUUACUAGAAGUGAUAGGGAAUGAAUUAUUUAUAAUUUAAGAUAGAAUUACAGUUACGGCAGGCAUGUAUAGUAAGUUUAUAAUUAUUUCAGGCUAGUAUAUAUAUAGUUUAUAUAGCGGGUUUUUCCAUUUUGGGGGAUUCACACUUGUUCCUGGGCUACAACGUUUUAAGUGAUAUAUUUACAAAAUAUAUACUUAAUGGAAAUAAUUUAAGUAGUUCAACUUAAAAUACGUUAUGGGAUUUAGAUUUUUUUUAAUUGAAUUUAUUCUAUUGUAAAUUAUUGAGGUCCUUCUCUUCUGCGCUUACUUUUUUUUAAAAAAUAUAUUAGAUAAUUAUAUCUAGAUAAUUACCUUGCCUUACUGAAAUUUCACAUUCAACGUAUAUAAAAAGAAAAAAACAAUUUAAAUGCUUACAAAUGCAAAGAAUUGUGUUUUUCUAGAUACCAAAAUAUUGUAUUAUUUUAAAUUAUUUAAAAUUUUUACUUUAAUCGAUAUAUUGCUAAUAAUAUACUGUUCAGUUGAUAAAAGUUUGAAUUUGUAAAUAUUGUUAAUUUCUGAGUAAAUUGCUUAAGUGUUGUCUUA